UCCAAUCAGAAUAAAGGUAAAUACUUCUGCGGUUCUAAUAUUAGCGCGGUAUUUUGGACUCCUUUUUUGCCAUCAUUAGAACGAAAGUAUUUUCAACAUGUUACAUAUGAUAUACAAGGAACUUAAAAUAUGAGGAAUGAUGCGAAAAAAGCAAGUGCAAGUCCCAAGGGAAGACGGAAGUUGAACUUUGUGGAAAAGAAAGAAAAAUUACCUUUGACUGGAAAAUCCAUAUUUGUUGAUGUUAAAGAACUAGCUCAGAGUCGUUUAAUAAAGGAAGAUAUCAAGAGGCUAGGAGCGCGAGUUGACGAAUUCUUCCACAAAGAGAUCAACUAUGUGAUAACGAGUAACCGGACUUCAAGGUCAGAUAAACAUGACCCCUUACAGUCCCCUGACAGUCCGUCCACUGUAUCGACCCCCAGUCCUUUCAAUACGGGUCCUUCCCCAUCACCUGCUGCUGGGAACAAGCCUUCGCAAGAGUCCGUUAUAAGAGGAAAAGCUAUUGCAAAACGAGCAGUUACCAAAGAGACAAAUCCAGUGCUUACAAAUGCAGAGAAUUGGGGCAUUAAAAUUGUCACUUUGGAUGUGGCACAGAAAUGGAUCCAGAGAGAAAUUUCCAAGCUUCCUCAGAGUAACAGUAAACCAAAGAGCAAUGUUAACAAUGUCCAAGGAGGCUGCAAAGUGAAGAAACUAAAAACUCCAUACCUGAAGCUGGAAUCGGUUACGAGACAGUACAAGGUGGUUUAUCAUCAGGCCGAGGUUUGGCCCCAUGCUAACGUAGAAACACCGCGGGGUACCUGUCCGUUUGAUGGCACUUCAGUGGGCGGGGAGAAAUCACGGGAGGAGAGAGGAGACAGGAUUGGACUUAUUCCAUUAGAACCCAGGACACCAGAGUCCAAAACCGGACAGGGAGGGUCCACUAAAUCACAGGAGAAUUCCAAAUCCUCAAACAGAAAGGCACCACAGAAAGGACAGAGAACCAGUAUCAUUGGUGGUGUUCGGAUUGUCACCGCGGGGGAAAUACGACGACGUAAGGAAUUAAAGAGACUGCAGGAAAAGAGGAGAGGAUACUGUGAAUGCUGUGAAGUCAAAUACGAUGAUCUUACCAAACAUGUUAGAGAAGAGCAGCAUAAAGAAUUCAUCAGAGAAAAGAAACAUUAUCAAGAUCUGGACUGCCUAAUUAACUCUGGUCCUAGCCAGGCAACUUUCCUGAAGCGGGUUUUAGAGCAGUGCUGCCAAACUGCAGGUGGUACACGCAGUAAUGUUGAAAAAUCUGUGAAAAGGGUAGAAGCAACACCACCUUCUGUCCAAAAAUCCAUGAAAACCAUUUCCAGUAAAACAACUCUUAAAAUAGUGAACUCUGAAGUUAAACAGAGAAGGAGACAAAGUCCUCGAAAAGUUUGGCAAAAUGCAAGUGAACAUGAACAGACCAAGUUACUGAAAGACAGCAUAGAGCAAGACAUUCGCCAGCGAAAAGAAAUUCGAAGGAGCACAGAAAUAGACUUGCAGCUUGAAAAUCACUAUGUGCCAACAAGAACGAGAAAUUUUCUCUUUGUUCAAGGAACAUCAAGUCAAAAUAGUGACAGAGCUGGAUUAAAAAAUGAUAAUCACGCUGAAAUUGGUACUAAUAAACUAAAAGAUUCUUCUCUUAUCAACAGAAAAAAUGAACAGUGUCAUUCUGCAGUUGUGAAAGAUUCAGUCACAGGUAGUGAAAGAAGUCCAAAAACGACAACGUGCUCCAAAGCUCUUCAAGGCAGCAGUAAAAUUAGGGACCAAGAGUGCAAAAGUAAUAAUAGAAGGAACAAGGAUAAACAGUUUCAGUCCCCUUAUAACAAAGAUGUUGAAUCCUAUAAAAAGACAUUAAAAUCUCCCAGAAAAAAAUCACCACAACAUAGAAAAUCUAGAGAGGAGGUUGAUUCUGUUAAUGUUGAAAAUGAGAAGAAUUCUAGUCAGACUGUAGCUUCAGAACGAUCAGCAAGGAAGUCAACUGCAGAAAUAGAAGAAUGUGUUCUCAAAAGAAGACUUCGUUCUCCAAAGAUGGCAACUCUUCCAAAUAAAGAAACGACUGAAAGCACCAAAGCCAAGGGAGAAAAAAGUAAAGUAUUGGACUGUGAAUUAAGGAGAGAAGGAGAAGAGAUGUUGAAUCAAAUGAUAAAUAAAAUUAAAGACAGCAAUUCAACUGAAUCUCUUAAAGUUGACAUGGACAAGACAGAAGCAGAUAAUUUCAAAGAAAAGGGUCAUGCAGAACACAUAAAGACAAGAAGUAGGUCUGCUGGUUCCAAAGAAAGACAUGGAGACAAGAAGGAACUGAGUAAUGCAAGGAGUAAAUGCAAGCCUAAGAAGAGUAAAGGAAAGGGCGCAUCUUCAAAAAAGAUAACUGUUGAAAUUGAUGAGCAAGCCAGUGACGAUAUUGAAAUUGUCAGUUGUGAUGAAGAUACCUCUAGUAAUGAACAGGAUGUUGGUAAUCUAUGUGAUGUAAACAAUGAAAAUGCCAGUGGUUUGCAGGGUAGGGUUAAGAACAUGGUGGGACCAGUUAAUUGUAAUGACGAGCCUUCUACCUCAACCGUAACUGUGCAAAAUGAUGACAAGUGUAGUACUGUAGAAGUGAAUGCUGUACAUGAGGACGAUUCGCCAAAGAAGCACAGACGCUUGAGAUCAAGGAAAUCUUUGUUGACAGAAUAUCGAGAUGAUACAAGUAAAUGUCAAAUUGAAAGAGCAGAGCUGAAAGUCCAUCCGCAUCAGACCAGUAAAAGCCCAUCUGUUAUGAACAAAAUGAUGGCAAUCAAAAAUGCCAACCUUGCCGCACCAUUAUCAGUUAAAAAACUUCUGUCUUCAAAACAAAAAGACUCAACAGCUAAAAUCUUGCAAACUUGUAUCGAUUUGAAACCAGAAAAAGAAAAUGUUGGUCAGUCGGAAAAUGUGCAGGAAACUUUUGAAGAAGAGAAGGUGUUUGAUGAACAGGUGGAAAAGUCUUUGUUUUAUAUUGAGAGAGUGCAUCGUUUACGGUCAACUGACCAGAGGCAGAAUUGUGUGGACCGUGAGCUUCAAGACAUUUCGGUUAAGGUACAGGAAAGAAAUUCACGUCCAAACAGUCCUGUUCCUGGAGAUUGGGGCAGAAAUAACUGUGUCCCUGCUUCACCUGUGUUCAAGUCCUCUCCAAGACUGGCAGGUUUGCGAACCCCAAGUAAAAGGAUCAUCUCAUCAGCUGAAAGUGUUAAUCAGACUACUCCAGUUGUGUCAAGUCCAAAGAGUGGCCUGAGUAACACUCCAAGGUCAAAUAAAAGGAAAAGAUGGAAUAAAAGAAGAGAAUCCAAAAGUGAUGAAAAUUCUUUAAAUACUCCUAAAGUGAAAAGGUUGGAAAAGUUAAAAUAUCCUACUGCCAAUGGUAAAAACUGUGAAAAAGUAAUAGAUGUGGAUAAUGCUGCCACUAGAAAAGAGAAAAUUGGAGGAAAAAACAAAAUACCCACUGGUGCUAAAAAUGAAAUUGAUAAUACUACCUCCCAAAAAAUUCAGAAUUCUAAAAAUGAGCAGUUAGACACUACUAUAACUGUAAAAGAAAUACUUCGAGAAAAUUUAAAAUCACCUUUGAAGGACACUAAAAUCAAAUCUCCAUUGAAACGAACUUCACUGGAGAAAAAGUGUGUUUCUCCCCGUCGAGGGUCAACACCUUUGGUGUGGAGAAAUGCAAAAGGCAGUACCCCAAAGGGAAGGAAAAAGAGAAUCAAGCUCAACAAAAGCUGGUCUGUGUUGAGUGACCGUAGUGUCAAUAAACUUCUGCAUGAAAGUGACUCUGAGUCCAACUUUGAAGGAUUUGAUGAAGGAGAUUUAACUGGGCAAAGCUCUCUUUGUAGUGAUGCUUCUUUCGUUGAAAUAAAUGAAGUCGAAUUUGAAGAAAAUUCAGACCAAGAGUGGGAGCUAGAGCAAGAAAAUGUGGAAGGAAGAAUGAAAGACGAUGACGAAGGUGGUGUGUUUCCAGAAAUAUUUUCCUCCCCAGGCAAGAGAUCCGACUCCUCUUGGGACACUGGCUUUGUGGAUUUUAUAGACACCCAGUUGUCUAACAAAAAGAAGUCACCCAAAAAGAAUGCUACUUUACUGAGUGCUGAGGCAGCAUCGUUGUGUUCACCAAGGAGGAGGCAAAGACUGGAAUCAAUACCUGAAGGUUCUACAGAAAACCAGUUACAAAGGGUAAGGAAAAGAAGGAAAGUAGAAGAAAAAGAAGAAGAGUUUCAGAGUUUUAUGGUUAGUGAUGUGUCGGCACAGGUGGACGAAGAUAUUCAGUUUAAUUUUUCCAGUCCAAAUAAACGCAAGUCUAAAGUUAUGAAAAAUAAAUCCCAUGAACCUAAACGAGGGAAGUCUCUUGAUUACGGAUUACCUGUAAAAGAGGUCAGACUGACGGGAUGUUUGCUUCGAAGGCAAAUGUUAAAAAUGGCUAAAUCAAAAACAUUGAGGAGUUCUGAAAGAAAGGAGUCGUUAACUAAUAGUGAUUGUGAAAUCGAAUGUUCAAAUAUGAAUGGACAAAAAACAAAACAUAAGAGUGACAGAGAAAGUAAAUGUUUUGAUGAUGAUUCCAUGCCAAAUCUUUCACCCCAAGGAAACAAAAGAAUUGCUAAAAACUCCAUUUCUUUUGGUGGGAGAUCAUCAGAUAUUCCAAAUUUAUCUCCUCAAAUGCAGAGACAUUCUUCCCCUGUGGUCAACAACCGUCGGUCAAGGAGAACUUAAAACCAUGCUAGAGUUAGAAUUUUAAGCAAUUAUAUUAGAAAGGAUUGUUUGAGAUGCUAAAACAAUACAUUAUUUGUCUGUGUAUAUUUUAGUUGUUGAGGAAGGAAUGACAUGAAUAUUGUUGAAAACUUUUAUUUUAAGAUAUGUAAAUAAAUAAAAAUGUUGGAUCUGUAAAAUAAAAUGAUUUAAUAUUAGAACUCCCAUACAAAUGGUAUAGUUAUUACAGUGUUUAAAAUAACCUACUGAUAUAUAUAAAAUAUUCAUUGUAUUGUGCAAUAUGAAUCAUAUUAAACAUUUAUAGUUUAAAAUCUGAAUACUAUUGAAAUGUCUGUAUCAUCUUUAUUAUUAAUCAAACGUGUUGAGUGUAAAUUAUCUU